GACGUCAUCACCCCGCGCCCACUGAGGUAUUAGCAGCGGAGCUACAGAGCAGCUAACGUCAGCUCUCCGGGGCUUUACCUGCCGGCCUCUCACCUGAACCACGGAGACUUCAGGCGUGUCCCUCAGCGAGGUCCAAAGCUCCAUCACCAUGAGCGACACCAAGCGUCUGGCCUUCUCCAUCAUCCAGUUCCUCCACGGUCAGCUGCAGUCGGGCUCUCUGACCCCAGACGCCCAGGAAAGCCUGGAAGUUGCUGCCCAGUGUUUGGAGACGGCCUUUGAAGUUUCCACCGAUGACCAGAGUCUCGCCGUCCCCGUGACGUUACCGGAGAUGUUCGCUGCUGCCACCGCCAAGUUCCCAGCCCCGUCACAGCCCAGCCCAGACUCUGGAGCCAGUUCUCCCACAGACGAGCUGAAAGCCGAGGCUGAGCGGUUGAAAAGUGACGGUAACGAUCAGAUGAAGGUGGAGAACUUUGCUGCAGCUGUUGAGUUUUACUCCAAGGCCAUCGCCCUGAACCCCCAGAACGCCGUCUACUACUGCAACAGGGCGGCGGCCUACAGUAAACUGGGGAACUACGCCGGCGCUGUGCAGGACUGUGAGCGGGCCAUCAGCAUCGACCAGAACUACAGCAAGGCCUACGGGAGGAUGGG